GACGACGAGCCCUGACAACUUGUUGAAUUCCUCGCGUUGAGUUAAUUUGCUUGGCGGUUUUUCACCCCUCACAAGUAUUCAGCUAUGAUGCGGUCAUUCGUCAGUUUCACCCUUCGACUGUGGCGUCAUCAUCGCGAUCGACUUUCCUUUCCAAUUAUCUAAAAUAAGUAUACUUCAAAACAACGACAUAUUUUUAUAGUUUCAGGAGAUCAGCGAGAGAGUAAAUCUAAAUCCAUUUGAUCACCAGCAGAAAAAAACGAAAAGUAAUAAGCGUUAACAACUUGAAAAGGCUAGCGGGAGGCUAAGAUUUUGGGAAAUAAGAAAGUGGCAUAUAGACGUUCCUCGAUGGGUUCCUUGUUCGAUGAUAGUUUUGUGACUGACGAGAUGACGUCACAAUCUCCCCAAGUACUCACGCCACUAAGUCGAACAGGGUAUCUGCUUACCGCCCUCUAUCUGUCCUUUGUGGGAGUCGUAGCUACAAUAGGAAACAUCACUGUCCUCUGUGUCCUCUGUCGGUACGGUACAUUCCGGAAACGAUCCGUCAACAUCCUUCUCAUGAAUAUGGCCAUAAGCGAUCUGGGUGUGUCGAUAGCCGGCUAUCCGCUCACCACAAUUUCCGGGUACCGAGGUAAAUGGUUGUUCGCGGACAUCGGAUGCCAGUUUAACGGGUUUUGCGUCUACACGUUGUCUUGCAGUACGAUCAGUUCCCAUGCGAUCGUUGCGAUCUAUCGAUACAUCUAUAUAGUCAAGCCAAACCUACGUCCGAGGCUUUCGACAUGGAACAGCUGUCUGUGCCUAUUCGGUAUUUGGACCUUCUCCCUGUUCUGGACCGUCGCGCCCUUCUUCGGCUGGAGCAGUUACACCUACGAACCGUUCGGCACAUCGUGUUCGAUAAACUGGUUUGGUAACACUCUUGGUGAUAAAUCCUAUAUGAUAGCCUGUACGGUCUUCGUUUUCAUCCUCCCGAUCACCAUCAUGCUUUACUGCUACAUAAAAGUAGCUAAAAAAAUCAAAGGUAUCAAUCCUUUGCGAGCAGAGGAGAGAGAUAUGGGCGUGGUCGUGUUCGGGAAACUUCGAAAACACGAGGCAAAGAUUGAUUCCCACGUGACAAAGAUAUGCUUCAUGAUGAUGGCAAGUUUUAUCGUUGUUUGGACACCGUACGCUGUUGGUAGCAUAUGGGCUUCUCAAGUCGACAAAGUAAGUGUAGCCGCUUCAGUCGUCCCGACCAUGUUCGCCAAGAGUUCCUGUAUGAUCAACCCCAUAAUAUUCCUCACAUCAAGUUCCAAGUUCCGGCAUGACCUGGGCAAGUUGUGGAAUCGCCCAUCACCAGAGCACACCAUCCGAUUCGAAGAGCGCUCUCGGGAACAACGUUCUUUUUACGUCCGACAGAGCGCCCUCUCUGACGCCAUGGGAAGCCAUUCUGCUUCUGUCUACUAUGACAAGGAGCGAAUAUACAUCGGAGAAAUGCAUGCGGCGAGCAUCCAGAAAGAAUCAGACCUCUUGCAACGUGACCCAGAGGUCAUAUCAAUAGGGUCGUCUACGAAUUCUAGUUUGCAAUUUGUCCUCAAAGAUCGACAAAAGCGCUAUAAGAAAAAAGCGGGAGAACCUAGCAAGAAAUGUGUAGAUACUCCCCAUUUCCCUUAUGACGACAGUGAGAGAGGCGUCAUUGGCAAAUGGAUAAGGCCGAGGUCGCAUUCAGUCGUAUCUGACAAUAUCAACAGAGAUGCCAUUCAGUCAGUGAAAAGACCUACCAAGAAACGAUCUGUGUCUCAGCCGGACAUCCACGGUGCAUCGGCAGAACUUUUCAUCGCGAGUCCUUCUUGCAGUACAAAUUUACAGAAGUAAUCCAAAUGCCAAAUUCUGGGGCUACAAUGUGCAACACCAAGCCGGUGUUAGUUCACUCAUCGUGUUAUCUCGACACAGAAUAGUGAACCUUUACAUCUUCAAAGAGUGUUGUUUAUAAAGGGGUAUUACCUUUUCAACAACAAAAAAUAUUGCCAGCUUCAGUGUCAUUUUAUUAAACACCAAAGGCCCUAUUCCGAGGUAUGGUUUAUGUGAGACCUGUCGAACAGUAGAAAAUUUUGGGAAGUAAAAAAUGUUAGAUUCUUGUUAACAUUGUAUGUUUCUCAUGUUUCCUGUGUUUCCCUCAAUGAUCUUAAUAUGAUUGAGAAAAUUAUUCUAAUUAUUAUUCGCUGGCGAAAUGAUUUGAGUGUCAAACGAGCUGAUAAAUAACUGAUCAAGUACUGUUACAGAUUUGUUUCACAAUUGGCUUUUCGAUAAUUAAACCACAACUUUAGACCAGAGUUUGAAUUAAACACGAGAUCAGAAUACAGGCCCAAUAAUUGUUAAUAGAUUGUACUCUAGAUUAAUUACCACAGUUUAUUUCCAACUCCUCAGAUACUUUUUGCCCGGUCAUUAAAAACCAUUUU